GCGCGCGCGCUUCACUGACUGUUGUCAACGCGCGUGCACUACUACUCUGCUUAAAGGAGUGAGGUGAAUUUCCCCUUUCACACAGACGGAGCAUCAGCAGCACAAGUGCAUUGAGGAGGCUGAGACGUGUUUUCUUUGCACAUUUUUGGAGCAGGUGCACUGCGCGGCGCGCGCACUCAUUAUUUGACGCAAACCCGAAGCCAUGCGCACGCUUAUUCCUGAAAAGUUCAUUCACGCUUGCUGAGACAUAGGCUACACAUCGGGAAAAGUGACCUAGAGCGUGCUUUUAUAAAUUACUCGUCGUACGUUCACACGGGGAAUAAUUCUUAGAAUAAUAAUGUCGAGGAAAAAAGCGGUGAAAGGAAAGGGGAGUUCAAAUUCUCCGAGCUCAUCUCCCAUCAGCGAUAAAGAGAAGGGGAAGAAAGUCCUGACCCAGUCCAACGGAGUGGUUUAUCCCAGCAGACCCUCUCUCAGCAACAGUGGAGAGUUCUACGACAUCGCCUUCAAGGUAAUGCUGGUCGGUGACUCCGGCGUGGGGAAAACCUGUCUGUUGGUUCGCUUUAAAGAUGGAGCAUUUCUGGCUGGGAGCUUCAUCUCAACAGUUGGCAUAGACUUUAGGAAUAAGGUGCUGAACAUUGACGGGGUGAGGGUUAAACUACAGAUCUGGGACACGGCGGGACAGGAGCGGUUCAGGAGUGUGACACACGCCUACUACCGAGACGCACAUGCUCUUUUGCUGCUUUACGACGUGACAAAUAAAGCUUCGUUUGACAACAUACAGGCCUGGCUCACUGAGAUUAAUGAGUUCGCUCAGCAGAACGUCGUGAUCAUGCUUCUGGGGAACAAGGCUGAUGCCACUCAUGAAAGGGUUGUGAAGCGAGAGGAGGGUGAGAAACUGGCCAAGGAGUAUGGCGUUCCCUUCAUGGAGACCAGUGCAAAGUCAGGUCUGAAUGUGGAGUUGUCCUUCACUGCUGUGGCAAAGGAUCUGAAGCACAGGGAGAUGAAGGAGCCGAACGAGCCCAAGUUUCAGCUGCAGGAGUUUGUUAACAAGGAGAUGAAGGGAGUCGGAUGCUGUCGCUCAUAAACCCGUCUCAUUGUCUGUGUGUUUCCACUCUUUCAUCCUCUUCUCCCGCAUAAAUUGGAGGCUGUCAGAUAUUCGGUGUCUCCGGAGACUUUCAUUUUCAAACGCUGUAUUUUUUUCUUUGGACCUUCAUGCUCUUCACAGCUCGCAAACAGAGAAGCAAGCCGUCAGCAUAUUUACAUUGAUAAACACGGGGAAGAAUGAUGUUCAGUCCUGCUUUCUGACCCGCCGCCUCAAGCAGAUGUGAAUGUGUUUAUCUCAACGUUUGCUUCGGUGUAUCGCAUCAUCACUGCUUUACUUCUGGUGUGUGUGUUAGAAGGUAAAACACACAGAGAACUGAGGCGUAAAAUCAGAAUCUGUGCUUUCAGUCUCAUUCAUGCUAAUUGAGUCCUGAGGCACUUUCUACACACUUAAAGGAGUAGUUCACUUUAAAAAACACUUUUGCUGAUAAUUUACUCGCCCCCAUGUCAUCCAAG